AUGGCCGCAAGUAGUUCGUCUUCAACAGGUCUGAGACUAAGCGUUAAGGAGUUAGGAAUUACCCCAACAUCCUCAGCGGUUGGCAUUGUGCCGUAUGAUGUAUUCAUUAACUUUCGGGGAUGUGAUGUUAGAAAAACGUUGGCUUCCACUUUAUACCGGACACUGUGUGGCAUGGGAUUGAGUGUUUUUGUGGAUUACGAAGUCAGCGAACCCGGUGAUAAUAUUGCAGCAGAAAUUGAAAGUGCAAUACUAAAUUCUUCACUUUAUGUUGCAAUAUUCUCAAAGAAUUACGCACGAUCCCCCUGGUGCAUGGCCGAGCUAUCAUUAAUACUGCAAACCGGCAAAACUAUUAUUCCUGUUUUCUACCAUGUUGAACCUUCUGAUAUGCGAUUGGAGACUGGAGGAUUUUAUGCUCAGGCCUUUCUAGGUUAUGAGGGAAAUAAGAAAAGAUACAGCUCAGAAAAGCUCCAACAAUGGAGGAUGGCACUUCACAACGUUUCACUGUAUCCCGGCUACUUGGUUAAAACUGCUGAAGACGAGAAAAAGAUAACGGAGACUAUUGCUAAUUCUAUAUGGAAGACUGUGAAAAUGGUACCACUUCUUGUAGCUAGAGACACCUUUGGGCUUGAUGAAGUUGUAGAUGAAUUUGAAAGAAGCCUGCUUGAAUCUACGCGGAGCCAAAAGGUAGAGAUCGUGGGAAUCGUUGGUAUUGGCGGGUCUGGUAAAACGACACUGGCCAAAGCGAUCUAUGACAGAUAUUUCACUUCAAUUUCCAGGUCCAGUUUUAUUUCUAGUGUAAGAGAUGCUAAAACAGAUCUGCGUGAGCUACAAAAAAAAUUACUAGACGAGCUCCGUCUCAAAUAUUCUUCAUUUUUCACAGUGGAGAGAGGCAGAAGUGUUCUGGCGGGUUGUAUGAGUGAUGUUCGUGUGCUCAUCGUUUUGGACGAUGUGGAUCGUGUGGAUCAGUUGGAUGACUUAAUGCCAGCAAAGGAAACGCUUGGAUCGGGUAGUUUGAUUAUAGUUACAACGCGCGAAUUGGGCGUCCUUACCUCCUGGGGCAUCUCUUCCAUUUAUAAAAUGGGAAUGAUGAGAUUACCUCAUGCCAGAAAGCUUUUCUGCCGGCAUGCUUUCUUACAGCCUGUGCCACUGGAGGGAUUUGAAGAUUUAGUUGAAAAAUUCUUAAGCAAAUGCAAUGGGUUGCCUUUGUGGGUUAAGGUUUUGGGAGGAGACCUUUAUGACAAGUCUAAAAAUUACUGGGAGAGUCAGUUGGAUAAGAUCACCAGAAUAUUGCCCGAGAACAUUAGACAGUGUUUGAAGAUAAGUUAUGAUUCGCUAGAUCAAGAAGAGCAAGAAAUAUUCUUGGAUAUUGCUUGUUUCUUUAUUGGAGAAAAGAAAAGUUUGGCUAUUGCAGUAUGGGAUGGAUCUGGGUGGAAUGGUGAGAACAGUUGGCAGGUGCUUGAGAAUAAGUGCCUUGUUGAGAUCGAUGGACAGAAUCGAAUAAGAAUGCACGAUCACCUUCGCGAUUUAGGAAGAGAAAUCGCAGUUCAACACUUACCCCAUCGUCUUAUCUCACAAGGAGAAAUUGCUGAUAUUCUGACACCUUCUCAGGAAAUUACACCGAUCCGAGGAAUAAUGACCACUACAACUCAAUUUAUUGCAUCCUCAGCCCAUGAGGAGUUUCCUAGAUGUUCCUCUCAUUUCCAGGCGCCCUUUAUGGAGUGUGUGGAGCUUAUGAAAGGAGUUUCCUCGCUUAAACUUCUUGCUGUCACAGAAAAUGAUUUUACAGAAGAAUUUGCCACACUAUCAAGAGACCUUGUGUGGCUUCGGUGGUUUGAUUUCAAACAUUCGAAUCUUCCAUCAUGGCUUUCACUGGUAAAUUUGAGAGUCUUAGAGCUUUUUGGCACUUCCAGCUUGAAUGAAUUAUGGAAGGAUAAUACACAUGCCCCGUUGCAACUGAGAGAGCUACGUAUCACUACUAGUUGGGGCAGUAGUUUGGAAAGGUUUCCAAGUUCAAUAUCAUGUCUGAAGUAUUUGAAGAAGCUCUCCUUCAUUGGUUAUUUUGGAGAAGAGUUUCGCAUAGAAAGAUUGCCAGAGGAGUUUUGUGAUCUUCAAUCACUAGAGCACCUAGAACUGCGGCAUUGCAAGCUGAUGUCAACGCUACCCAUCCGUUUCGGGGAGUUAACAAAUUUGCGGUAUAUAGAUUUGUGCUCUUCUGAGGAACUAAGGAUGUUGCCGGAUUCGUUUAAGAUGCUGAGACAUCUGCAAUAUCUGGAUUUAUCAGGUUGUAGGAAACUCCAGAUCCCAACUGACAUUCUUCAAAACAUGACAAAGCUACAGAAAUUGAACUUUUCAGGAUGCCACAGAUUGUUUGAGCUUCCUUGUCAUAUCACAAAACAGACGUACUUGAGAGAGCUCCAUGUUCGAGAUACCUGCUUAAGGGAUGCACCAGAUACCAUCGUUCAACUUCGAAACUUGCAAACGCUAAGGAUUGGGAGUCCACUUUUGAAAAGCUUGCCAGCCUCUAUUGGGGGUUUGUCCUCUUUGACUUGUCUGGAAAUCGAUGAUUGCUUAAAAUUGGAAUCUUUACCCGAUUCUGUUGGGCAUUUAAAUCAGUUACAAUACCUAAGCAUAAAGUUGUUGGCCAUCAUGUCUUUGCCAAAGUCAAUUUGCCAAUUGACAAAUCUUCAGACUCUGGAGAUUUCUGACUGCCCAAUAAGUGAAUUGGAUUUGGUAUCUGGAAAUGCUUCUUUCAUGCCUCACCUCAAGGCAAUUUCUCUAACAAAAACGUCUUUAUCCAGGAUAUCAAUCUCUAAAGAACGUUGCCCAGAACUCCAGACUCUCCUACUUCAGCAAAAUGAUAACUUAGUUGAGAUUGAAAUUCUGGGUCAGCCUUAAACUCCACACACCAAGAAACAUAUUAAGUCUAGAGAAUGUCAGUAAAUUCUUAGUGUUUAACACUUUUAAGUCUAGAAGUCAAAGCUUAGUGUGUGUGAUUUAAGCUUUCUGUUGGAUAAGCUUCAGAAUUUUGAAGUAUCUGGAUGCCUGAGUGAGAGCUGUCAGACUAAAAAUCUGUCUCUGUAGUUGACCCAACUUCCAAGUAGGUUUCGAUUUGCUUGAAAAAUCUACCUAUCUUGUUGGCA